AUGGACUCCCUUCCUAACGAACUCAUUAUCAAGAUUGCCACUCACCUUGACCAGCCGCCUCCCUCAAUAACUAAAUUCUCACACGAACCAUCCGGUGGCCUGACCAGCUCUACUUCAAUACCUCUAAAGUCGUUCUCUCUAGUCUGCUGGCGGUGGAGAAAAAUCGUGUUACCAAUCCUAUUCAAUUACUCCAGAGUUCCGAUAGAUGAUUGUCCGCAAUGGGUUCCAAUCGAUGCCCGGCUUAUAGAGAACAUGCAGGGCCAGCUCAGUCGUCUAAGCAACCAUGAGUUCCAGAUUUACACGAAGAUGAGGAGCAAAUUCAAGAGCAGUAGUGUGUUCGCCUUCGACGAAGCGUUCGACGACCUCCUGGUGAAUCUCUGUCGUGUCCAAGAAGAAGACGCCUUUCUGAAAUCCGUACCCAACAUCCUAUGGCUUCCGCACUUACCGCGAUCCUACGCAAACUUCGUCCUCUUCAUUUCCCAGUACGAACUCAGACACCACAUCCGAAGCAUCGUCGUCUAUACUGAACGAGACUACGAGCUCCGCCAUAUCCCCACCGCCGACGCUCCCCUCAGCCGCGCCGUCUCCGAAAUCUGGACUCAGAUCUUCCUCCACCUCAACCCAACCCGGGUCGUCGUCGCCGCUCCCCCCUCAACCCUAGCCGGCCUCCUCGACACCCAACUCCUCAGCUCCGACACAUGGGCAUUCCAGAUGCGAAUGCACUACAUCGAGCUCAUCCAACCCGACCCCCACACCCACCAACCCCCCAUCCAACACCAAAGCUCCUCCUGCCGCCCCUGGGACUCCGCCCUCAUCCACCGCCGCCCAUGGCAGCACCUAUCCUACAAUGAAGGCUCUUCGAUCCCCGCCUACAGCACCUACGAAUACCACCUGAAGCAAACCCCCAAAAUCCUCUACCUCCUCCUCCUCCGCCUCUCCCGAGAAUGCUCCCCCUGCUGCAACAUCCGCUCCUUCGCCUUCACCGCCGUCUUCCCCUUCAGCACCAACACCAUCGCCACCGUCCGCGCCCUCCAGCGCAUCUCCACGCUCCGCGACGUCGCUUUCCAGGUCGCUCCCGGCGCGGAGAACGACCUCCUGAGUAACACGAAGCGGCUCGGGAGGGCGCAGCCGAGGGACCUGUGGUUGGAGUGGAACGGGAACUACGACGCUAUCACGCAUUUCCUGGGCCUGCGGGAUUUCGAGGACGGGGGCAGCUUCACGAGUGUGGAUUGUGCGGCUGAUCAGCUUGCGGUGGAGGUGCAGGAGUAUGUUGAUAAGUUGGCGGGGAGGGGGAUCGGGUGGAAGGGCGUUGGGGUGGGGAGGUGGGUGAGGGCGAAGGAGGAGGAUAGAGUUGUGGAGGAGGAGGAGGGAGGUGCUGCUGGUGGUGAUGGUACUGGUCAGGUUGGGGAUGGAAUGGGUGGGGCGGCGAAUGCUCCGGCGGUCAUUUUACUGUAG